AGUCCACUGUGCAGUCUCUCCUGUUUUCCUCCCCAUCACUACACAUAUGAACAGUCGCUUGUGGUAGCCCUGCCUAUUGAGCUCUAAACAUCUGGAACACCUCAUAUUUGUUUUACAAGGCAGAGGCGAACACCCUGUGCCCGAGAUAGAGGAGUGAGACAGCAGCAGCACCAGGACGGACCACUUGACACCUUGCUUCACGGCAUCGAUAUGCAGUAGUGUGAUACCAGGUCUGCGGAGACGGGAAGGCCAGUCCAUGGCAUCUUGAUAUUAAAACCGUUAGGUCUGCGUAUUCUUCAUCAACGGCGUAGUCUUUUGUUCUGCAGAGUCGAAGGGAUUAACGUUGCAAGAUAGAGGCGGCGAGGGAGAAAAUCUUCACAAGUAUUCAAUUUGACCAGAUUCUGUUUGGGGGAUUCGUGGGAUAUCACUGGACCCGCGAUGGACUCCAGCGCGGGGGAAUAUGGCAUGGCCCGUCUUGGAUUGUUUUUGGUUUUGAUGGGAUUGUGGAGAUUUAGCGAUGCUUGUCCAGAAUCCUGCACUUGCAGCAUCUCAAGGAUUGUUUGUAUUGAUUCUGUACCAGGGAUCGAGGAUUUCCCUGUCCUCACGUUAGAUGACAUGGAAAACAUCACCGAAAUAUACAUUGCUAAUCAACCCAGGCUGUUUGACAUCAAUAACAACAGUUUGAAGCACUACAUAAACCUCAGAAACCUAACAGUGACGAAGACAAGUUUGUCAUCUAUAUCAUCGGAUGCCUUCUCCAACCUUACAAGACUUCAAUAUGUAAAUCUCAGAGACAAUGAUCUAACAACAUUGUCAUGGAGAACAUUUCAGAACUUUAACUCAACUUAUCCGCUCCUCUUGUCUGGAAACCCUCUGGACUGUGUUUGUGAGAACCUUUGGAUAAAACCGAGGAUCCAAGAAGAAGCUGAAGGUCAAGAGCUGAAAUGCAUAGACGACAGAGGAGUGACACAGGCCUUUGCCACACUCACUCCACCAGACUGUGUGUUUCCCAAAGUAGACAUCAGCCCCAGAACUGUGACGAAGAUGCAGGGGAGUAAUGUCACAGCAGUGUGCAGUGCUUCAGGCUCCCCUCCUCCUAAGAUCCAGUGGAACCGUGAUCUGCUCUCUACCCCCAGCGAGAUUGAAUUUCUGGAAACAGAGAGCAACCUCACCUUAUCAGGCCUGUCUCCUGACGAUAAUGGCAAGAUGAUCAUAUGCAGCGCUGCAAACAUGGUUGGUCAAAUGGAGGCCACUCUUCAGCUCAAUAUUCUCUUUGCCCCCACCAUCCAGCAGCUGCUGGGGCCAGAGCGGGACCACCACUGGUGCAUUCCCUUCAGCGUAACAGGGAACCCUAAGCCUGAGCUGCAGUGGUACCAUGAGGACGUACCUCUUGAGGAGCAGGACUACAUCCGCACCAUGAUUCACCUGUCCACUGAGAGCGAGUACCACGGCUGCCUGCAGCUGGUCAAUCCUACGCACAUCCACAACGGAGUGUACAAGCUGGUGGCAGAGAAUAAGUUCGGCCUGGACGAGAAGAAGGUCUCUGCCCAGUUCAUCGACCCACCUGACAUCAACCACACAGACGAGAACUUCUACUACUUCACCACUGACUCGCCACUCCCUCCACUGGACGACAGUGUUGCAGUGUACGUAGUUGUGGGAAUUGCAGGAGUUGCUUUGACUGGAUGUGUUUUGAUGGUGAUCAUUCUGAAAUAUGGAAGAAACUCCAAGUUUGGUAUUAAAGGCUCCUCCUCAGUCAUCAGUAAUGACGAUGACUCUGCCAGCCCUCUUCAUCACGUCUCCAAUGGCAACAACACCCCGUCGUCCUCAGAGAUGGGUCCAGACGCAGUGAUCAUUGGAAUGACAAAGAUUCCUGUCAUUGAGAACCCACAGUACUUUCGUAACUCCGGCAGCAUUCUGAAAUCUGACACGUUUGUCCAGCACAUCAAGAGACACAACAUCGUACUGAAGCGAGAGCUGGGAGAAGGAGCCUUUGGGAAGGUGUUUCUCGCUGAGUGCUACAACCUGACACCAGACCAGGAGAAGCUCCAUGUGGCAGUCAAGACUCUGAAGGAGGCGAGUGAGAGCGGCCGAGCAGACUUCUACAGAGAGGCCGAGCUCCUCACCAACCUGCAACAUGAACACAUAGUGACCUUCUACGGGGUGUGUGUAGAGAGCGACCCGCUCAUCAUGGUGUUUGAAUAUAUGAAACAUGGUGACCUGAACAAGUUCCUCAGGUCCCAUGGUCCUGAUGCAGUGCUAAUGGCGGACGGUCAACACAGUAUCUUGGUGGAGCUCACGCAGUCCCAGAUGCUGCACAUUGCCCAACAGAUUGCUGCUGGUAUGGUUUACCUGGCCUCCCAGCACUUUGUCCACAGAGACUUGGCAACCAGGAACUGUCUGGUAGGAGAAAACCUGCUGGUGAAGAUAGGAGACUUUGGCAUGUCCAGAGAUGUUUACAGCACAGACUACUACAGAGUGGGCGGUCAUACGAUGCUGCCAAUCCGCUGGAUGCCCCCAGAGAGCAUCAUGUACCGGCGGUUCACCACAGAGAGUGAUGUGUGGAGCCUUGGUGUGGUGCUGUGGGAGAUCUUCACAUAUGGCAAGCAGCCCUGGUACCAGCUCUCCAACAAUGAGGUGAUCGAGUGCAUCACCCAGGGCCGUGUGCUGCAGCGGCCCCGGACCUGUCCUAAAGAGGUCUAUGACCUGAUGCUGGGCUGCUGGCAGAGGGAGCCCUACAUGAGGCUGAACAUCAAGGAGAUCCACAGCAUGCUCCAGAGCCUUGCCAAGGCCUCACCUGUGUACCUGGACAUACUGGGCUGAUGCACCAGUGUUUGCGUAUGUACUCUGCGUGCAUGCGUGCCAGCUGGGGCUUUGUAUGUUGGACAGGUCUUUGUCUGUUUGUCUGCACGUGAUGGCACAGAGAGGAGAAGGGGAAACAAAGGCUGUGUCACUGUGUGAGUGCGUCUGUGUACAGUACCUGGCUGUAAAUGUUACUGUAAAUGCUGUCGUCCAUGUCCUCAUUACAUCAAGAAUAGCCUUAAAUUUUGAGUGAAUUUGUUUUUUUUUUUAUCCACUUGCAGAUAUUACCUGGGCAUGUUUCACAAAUGGCAAUCAAAAUGCACACAGGAUUAUGUAACUUUAUCCAAACCAUCAACAGUAUAUGUUAAAGGAAUAAAAAUGAAUGAAAUGCUCAGAUACACUGAAAACUGGAUAUUUCUGUCUACACUUGUUGCAUUAAAUUAUUCCAUGUGCUGGAAAUGAACAAAGGGAAAAUAAUGUUUCUCCAUAAUGGACAGUGUAUGGACACCACACAAAGCAACAUAAUCUGCCACAAGAUAAAGUUACUCACUGAGUAACAGCUGAAGCCUUUUAUUUUCUAUAUCCCAGACUAUUUUCAUAUUGUAGAAUUUAUAAAUGUCGGCUUCUUUUCAUAGCAAGCUAUUCAUUUAAAUCUGUAAUUUUUGGGUCAUCAGGAGAAACUUGUUUUAAUUGUAAACAUGUGUGUAUAUGAUUACAUACAUAAGUUAAAAAUAGUGAAACCCAUACAGAUUCUCAUAGAUGCCUGGUAUAUAUAACUUCCCAGUGGGACUUUCUAAUUUAAAAUAAAUGCUGAGGUUGUGUUUAAUAAUGCCACCAUUUGCCAUAUUGUUUAUAAUCUGUUCAUCAACUAUAUUUACUGAGUGGUGUCUAAAUGUUGGAGUGCUCCACUCACUUCACAGUCCUUUCAUUUGACGUACUGUAUCUAAAGCACAGAGAAUGAGGACUCGGCGGUGCUGGGUUGUGUCUGUCUGGAAAAAAGAAGCGCACAGGUUGUUUUUGUUUUUUUUUUGUUUUUUUCCAUUCACCAGCAAUGUCAUUUAGCAAAUCUCUAUUGUUCGGUGGCCCAUAUCUGUAAGUGAUGUGAUUUUUUUUGCAUCUACAAAAGACAAGUUUUCACAUGUUGUGGGUGAUGUUGCAUUUACAGUUUGAGGAGAAAGGAUAAGGAUUUCACUUCAUUAUCUAAUUUCUAGCAGGCACUGACAGAGCAUUUUGAUGCAGUUUACUGAUGCACCGAUGAAGGUUUUACUGUAUUUAUUGUGUGUUUCUUUAUUUUCAGCACUUUGGUUUUGUAUGUAUUGCAAUUGCUACUUGUGUAUUUGUUAUUUAUUUAAAUCACAGCAGUGCACUUUGGAGGACUUAUCUUUAAUUCUACAUAAUAGAGUAAAAGACUGCAGUAAAAGGAUUAAUUGUCUGAUUGCCCUUAAGGUGUCCCAGGGGCGCUUUCAUCUCUCUGAGAGGCCUCCAACAGCCGAGUGGUGACUGAUACGGCUCCUCCUGAAGCACAUUUAUACAGGCAGAGGAUGCUUGAAAAAUUGUUUUAAAAUAUGUUCUUGUGAUCAUUUUCCAAAUUAUCUGUAAUAUUUCUGUUUACCUGAGAUUACAAAAUGGUUAAAAUGUUAAAGCAAGUGUGGUGGUUCAGGUCUGUAGUCCAAACUCUUGCAUUAGUCAGCAGCAAUUACUCCUUCAUAAUAGCCAUCAUGUAUUUCCAUAUGGAGGCAUAAAGCAGUAAGGCUCUUUGCUGAGACAAUAAGUUAAGUGCACUUUGUAGCAUUAAUUAAACCCCCAAAUGCACAAUCUCAGUAGCUGCGUUCAGCAUGGACCACUCUCCACCUCAACCUCAGCUGCACUUUACAACAAAGAUAAAACAUUUCACCUUUGCUAUUCUGACCACGACGGAAGCAAGUCCUAAUCUUGACAGUUCCCAUGUCCCUCUUUGUUUUUGUUACAGUGUUUGUCAGGUCUCUAUAAUUGUCAUGUCUGCUGUACAUACAUUGCUGUUCAUUCUGUACAGUUCUGAUAUUUGUCUAUAUGAAUAGUAGGCUAUGUUUAAUAGUAUAAUCUGUUUUAAGCAGGUAUCAUGUCAAAACCGUGUGACAUCUAUGGAAGACAACGUGUUAUGGGCCACUGGCAAUACAUACUAUAUGUAAAUAGAAUUUUAUUUGUGCUACAUUGUAUAAUUUAUUUGUGCUUGUUGAUAAUACCAGUGAGAAUACAAUCCUUUUUUGGCAUCUUUUGAUCUGCAGAGGACUUUCUUUGAAGAAGAAAAAACUAAAAAAGAAACGUGAUCUCUUCUUUCCUCUCCACCGUAACGUGGAGCUUACACAGAGGCUGUGUGAGAUGCUCCGUCUGUCUGUAGGACCAUAGACUCUAGAUCUGAUUAAACAUCAUGAUCUCUCCGAGCUGAUGGGUGUCCUAGCAGACGUGUGUCCAGUGGUGAGGAGGUCAAAGGUCGCCUCCUGGCUAACCCCCACUGCUCAACCUCUGACUGACUGUAGCCUAUCUCUCUUUCAGAUGAAUAACUGUGACUUUGCAUCAUGAAUAGUAUAUUAUUUUGAAUGUAAUCUAGAAGGGUCGGGACCUUUUUUGAAUGUAAUUUAU